AUGAGAUUGAAUAGGUCAUUUAUUAGGUUUACUUCUAGCGGUAUACAAGGUGUUGAAGGUAGACUACCGAUAAUCCAACAAGAGCAUGAUUUUACUGCUUUAUCUAUAACUGAUCCUUAUGUAUUAUAUCAAAAUUAUACUCAACGGGGUAUUUUGAAAAAAGAUGAUGCUCAACUAAGGGUCAUGAAAGAGUUUCAAAGAUUAUACUUCAGAGUAAUAGACUAUAAGCCACCAGAAGAACUAUCAAUCAAACUUAGUUUACUUUUACGUAAGUUAGAGAUCAAAAAUAAUCAUUCAAAAUUCAACAUUUUCAAAAAAGAUCCACGUAUUCGUAGGACAGAGAUAAUCAAAUCAAUGACUGAUGAAGAAGAAUUGAUUCAAUUAGCAUCACCUAAGGGAUUAUUAAUUAAUGGUGAUGUAGGUAGUGGUAAAUCACUACUAACUGAUAUUUUUGCAAGUUCAUUGCCUCAUAAAUCAAAAAUGAGGUGGCAUUAUAAUAAUUUUAUACUUUGGGUCUUUAAUGAAAUGCACAAUAUUCAACAAGAGGGAAAUUAUAGAAAGAAUGACUUUAAGAUGGAGAAUGAAUUUUUAUUAUACGAAAUUGCUCAAAAGAUGAUUGAAAAAAAUACGAUAUUGAUACUUGAUGAGUUUGUGUUGCCUGAUAUUGCAGCUGCCAAUAUCGUAAAAAUUUUAUUCACGUUUUAUUUCAAACUUGGUGGUGUCCUAAUUGCUACUUCGAAUAAAUUACCUGAAGAAUUAUAUUCUAAUCAGUUUCAAAAAAUGAAGUUCAAAAAUUUUGUAAAUAUUUUGAAUACGAAAUGUGUGACUAUUGACAUGAAAAGUGAGGUAGAUUAUAGAACCAAAUUUGCUAUUGAGAGUUUAAUGAAACCGAAUUUGAUAAUUAGAAAAGACAAUCAAAGUCAUGAUAAGAAAUGGGAGGAACUAAUAAAACAAGAAGUAUUGAAAACUGAUCUGUCUAAAUCAAUUGCAGAACUUGGCAAACGUGAAAGUAUAACAGUGUACAAUAGAAAAACAGAGAUCGUGAGUUUUGGCAAUGGUGUUUGUUACUUAGAUUUUGAUAAACUAUGUAGAGGUCUCACUUCAAGUUCAGAUUGUAUUACAAUUGCUUCCAAAUAUCAUACAAUCAUACUUGAUAAUGUUCCUAUCAUGACAUAUAAGAUGAAAAAUGAAGCAAGAAGAUUUAUUACAUUAUUAGAUGCAAUUUAUGAAUCUAAAUGUCAAUUUUAUAUGCGUUCAGAAGUUGGAGUUGAUCAUUUAUUCUUCCCAGACAUGUUAAAUAAAGACAAUGAUGAAAUAAUGGAUUAUUUAAGACUGCAGAAAUAUGAAAUUGAUGAUAAUCGAUUACAAGUCCAAGAUGAAGAAACGUUUGCUAAGACAUCCAUAGCUAUGAUGAAUCCAUAUCGACCAAAUACAUCAACUUAUGAUCAAUCACAUACUGAACAUUUUGAAGAGACAAUAACAAAGAGUAAUUAUUCAAACACGAAGGCAUUUACUGGUGAUGAUGAGAAAUUUGCAUUCAAAAGAGCAGUUUCAAGAAUUAAAGAGAUGGUGGGUAGUGAUAUUUGGAGAAGCGAGAAUAGAUGGAUACCAAUUGAUGAUACAAUGAGACCAUGGGAAAGAAAAACUCAUAAUAAUGAAAUGAAAAACACUAAAAAUAGUGAUUUUGAUCAGUAUAGACUUGAGGAUCAAUUAAAGAUAAUAAACAAGAUUUAA